GUUUUAUUAUGUACAUUAAACAGUUCAGUUAGAGCAUCUAUAUUAGAAUUGUGUCCGCCAAAAAAUAAAUGGGACCAUCAGGGACUAAUUACUGCAUUGGACCAUGCAAGGUAUAUAUUCUGAUAGUAUCAGAAGGGGUUACGAGGUCUACAAACAAGCAUGCAUCUCCUGUCAUUCUUUAAGAUAUGUGGCUUACAGACAUCUAGUAGGAGUAACUCAUACAGAAGCAGAAGCUAAAGCUGAAGCGCAAGAGCAGAUGAUAGUAGAUGGACCUGACGAAGAAGGAAACAUGUACGAGAGACCAGGAAAACUAUCCGAUUUCUUUCGUCCUCCAUAUCCCAACGAAGAAGCUGCUCGAGCUGCUAACAAUGGAGCAUUUCCUGCAGAUUUGACUUACGUAAUUCUUGGUAGAAAACACGCCGAAGACUACAUGUUUUCUCUUCUAACUGGCUACUACGACCCCCCAGCAGGCGUAGUGCUUAGGGAUGGACAGUACUACAAUCCAUAUUUCAUAGGAGGUGCCACGGCAAUGGGGCCGCCACUCUUUGAUGAUUCGGCUGAAUAUUCAGAUGGUACACCGGCCUACGCAAGCCAGUUAGCAAAAGAUGUGACCGUUUUCCUAAAAUGGGCGGGAGAGCCAGAGUUUGACCAUAGACAAAGAAUGAUGGUUAAGGUUUUAACGGCGGGCAGUGUGUUGGUUUUGACGGUGUGGUUUGUGUUUAGAUUCAGAUUCAUGACCCUUAGAGCCAGAAAAUUUCAGUAUAGACCCAAGGGUUGAGAUGUGGCAAUAUUAAUAGAUAUUUUGAUGUAUUAACUAUUGAUAUACUUUUACGUUGUGAUAUUUAUGAUGUUAUUUAUUGUAUUUCUUUUUAGUCUGUUAUUUUACCUAUUUUGUUACUCAGAUAACUUAUAUUUGUUUUAAAAUAUAUACAAGAAAAAUUUGUCUAUGAGGUA